AAUAAACGAGCACGCUCUUUGAUAUUCAAAAGAUGCCAAUCCCUUCACAUUUAUCGAGACGAUAUUCCCGUUUAAAUCAAAGUUUUCGAUUAAUCUCAAAUUCAGUUCCUAAUUGAACGUUCCGGUUCGUGUUGCUUCCUACAAAGUGUUUUUUUUUUUGGGUUUUUUAGGUGUUUGUUUGUUUUGCUAUGUGAAAAUGUCGACUAGUUCCAAGAGUGAUAGUGAAAGCGCUUUUGAUGUUGAAGAGCUGUUGCAAAUUGGGACAAGAUGUAAAGAGCUGUGGAAAGAAAAGGAUAUGUUGAGAAAAUCUCAGUCUCAAAGUUUUGACCUAAUCAAGAGACUAGAAUUGCAUGUGAAGUCCUUAUCAGAAGCUCGUAAUGAAGACAAGAAACACAUUCAGAAGUUAGAAGGAGAGCUAUUGAACUGCUCGCAAGAGAUAGAUUACCUUCAGGAUCAACUGAAUGCUAGGAAUGAAGAGGUGCACAGUUUAACUGAGCAUGUCCACAGCCUUGAGUUGAAAGUAGUGGACGUGGAAAACUUACAACACAUGGUUGCUCGGUUAGAGGAUGAAUUGAAGAAGUCUGAUUCAGAGCACUUGUUAUUGUUUGAAGAACUACAGAGGAAAGAAGAAGAAUUGCAAAAGUCAGCUUUGUGCAUAGAGAAACUGGAGGAGUUGCUUUCAUCCUCAGUGCUAGAGUCUCAGUGUGAAAUAGAGAGUUUGAAGCUUGAUAUAGUAGCCUUAGGGCGGACUUGUAUUGAAGCUAAGAAAAUUCAGAAAGAGAACAUUCAAGAAAAAGCCAGUAUGGAUUCAUUAAUUGAAGAGCUUGAAGUUCAAAUUCAAGAUGCAGAGGAAGUUAUUCAAUGUUUAGAAAAGGAAAAUAAAGAGCUGAAGAAGAAGCUGCUUACCUCUGAAAUGAAUGCUAGGGUGUUUUGUCAAAAAAUAGAGGAAUGGAUGAAAAAGGAGGACAGAACAGAGCUCAAUGCUCACUCUUAUGUGAGUGAACUAGAGAGAAAUCACACCAUAUCAAAAGAAAUGGGAAAAGUCUUUGGUGCUCUUCUCUCAAAACUGGCAUUGGCACUGGCAAUAGAUGCAGAUGUGGAGAAGAGAAAGAGCAUGUCACUUCAAAUUUGUGAAUAUGAACUUCUUGUGAAGCAGCUCAAGGAAGAACUGAGGGAGGAAAAACUGAAGGCAAAGGAAGAAGCGGAGGACUUAGCACAAGAAAUGGCUGAGUUGAGGUACCAGAUGACCAAUAUGCUCGAAGAAGAGUGCAAGCGCCGUGCUUAUAUUGAACAAGCAUCUUUACAGCGAAUAGCUGAGUUAGAAGCACAGAUUAGAAAAGAACAGGGAGAACUUUUAGCUGUUGGCAAACAUCUCCAUGAAGCAAAGGAAAUAGCUGCACUAAGAGCCAUGGAGCCUUCUUAAUGGCAAUUGGGGAUAAGUUCUUUCUGCAUGUGGGUGGCCACACGCUCUGGUGUCUGCUAAAAGGUGGGGUACAUUUUUUAUACACAUAAGAAACAUUGUUGCAACGUGCAGCUUCCACAUUAGGUUUACCAGAUGACACAUCAGUCUUUAGCUAUUGGUACCAAGUAGAAUGUAAUUACCAUUAGUUUUGAAUGCAGUUUGUAUUGUGGUGUUAUCUUUUGCUGAGUUGCUGGGUAUUCUUUUUAUUUUUUUGUUGUUUGUAGAUCGGUCGUCUUUCUGUUCAUUGUGCUAAGGGCUAUGAGAAAAAGAAGUGCAUAGCUCGAAAGGUUGGAUCCUCUGUAUUGUUAUCUACCAUUCGUAUGCGUUGGAGCGGUAUAUAUCUUGUUUUCACACUACAGAUAACGCUACCAAAUUUGAUUGAAAAUAAUUUGAUUUGCUUUUCUAAGAAGAUGUUUAACUAGUUAUGUUUUGUUUGGUUAUGAAGUGUUUCUUCCUUGAA